AUGCAGGGCCAGCUGCCUGGACAGCAGGCUCCUGGGCAGCAGAUGCAGCCUGGGAUGCCAGGUCAGAUGGGCUGGGGCGGCAUGCAGCCUGGAAUGCAGGGCGUGCAAGGCACACAGCCAGGCGUGCAGCAAGGUGGCACGCAUCAGCAGGUCGCGUACAACGCCAUGGCCCAGCAGAUGCCCGGACAGCAGAUGCCAGGCAGCGGAGACAAAGACCAAGAGGAACAGAGUGGUGCGCCCCAGGGCGCGACAGGCAGCAGCAGUUUCACAGAAGCGCAGGCGCUCGAGCUGAGAAGCAUCCUGCGUGAGGAGAUAAUGGCAGUGAUCACCGCCUCGAGCUCCCCGGGCCAAGCGUCGGAAGGUGCGGCUCAUCAGGCCCGUGAAGGAGCAUCUGGGUCCGACCCGUGGGAGGACCUAGGCAGUGACCCGUGGCAGGACGGUCGCAAGCGAGGCACCGGCGAGAAUGAUAAUGUGAGGUGGGGUGGCAGAGGUUGGUGGUCAGCCUCAGCCGAUGCACAGUGGGAUUCGCGGACCGGUGCGGACUUGAGCCAGGCCAAGUGGUCGGGCAACGGCGGCUGGACCGCCGACGCCCAGAAGUGGAGCGCCGUGGACUGGCGCAGCAGCAGCGGUGGCCACGAGGACAGCACGGCGUGGCCCUCGUCCUCGUGGUGGGAGAAGCCCGAUCUCGGAGAUCCAGAUCCCUGGUUGGGUUGGAGCGAGCACCGCCUCUGGCGCCGAGGAGUCCGGCGCUGGCUGGCGGGCGCAGGGGUUGCAGUCAGCCGCCGAGCAGACAGGAUCCUGAAAGUGCUGGACAUAGAGCUGAGAAAGAAGUUCGAGGACAUAUCGGACACCACCGUGGUCUCCGAUGCAGGACCGCAGGCGAUCCUAGAUCGCCUGGACGUGCUCAGCGGCCAGCGCCAGGACGACGAGAUGAGACGCGUGGGCCGUGAGUGCCUGUUCGGGUUCCAGCGCCGCCAGGGGGGGUCAUUGAGCAUCUACGCGGCGAGGAUGGACCAGGUCUUUGAUCGCCUCUCGUCGCAGGGCCUGGACCUGAACUCCAAGUGGCGGCACUUUUUUCUCGAAGAAGGGGUCGGAGUCGACGACUCGCAGAAGCAGAUGCUCAAGGUCCUCAGCAAGAACACGGGAGAGUACCAGGACCUGCUGAAGGCAAUCCGGGAGAUGGACAUGCAGCGUAACGAGAGCUUGACGCACGGCAAGAAGACCUUUGCAGAGUUCGAGCAGAGCUCCCAGUCGACGUUCCACGACGAGCAGACGGUGCUAGUGACGAUCGAUCAGGCCGACAUCUCAGAGCUAGACGUUCCGACCAUUUUGGCAGAGCUGGCUUCUGAGAGACGCAAGUCGUGGAAAGAAAACAAAGACUACAAGAGGCGGCUGAAAGUGGGCAGGAAGUGCUUUCCCACGCCGCCCCCGGCAGGCUUCUUCGUGCGGACGAACGACUGCACCGCCUCGUCUGGUCUGGUGCUGAUGACGGCGCUCGGGCAGGAUCCGCUGGGAGCGCUGAUCGAGAAGGGAGUCGGUGGGCGCACCAAUGUUUCGACCGGCCUUCUCGUCCCGACGGGGAUAGAGGGCCGUCGCGGUGCGAUGCAGCUCGAUUUGAUCAGCGAGGAGGUUCCAGCCUUGAUGCCAAUCGGCAUGCAGGAGGCUCUUGGAGCCAUCAAAGAUCUUCCAGAAGAGAAGGCUACGUUUAAGAAUUUGGACACAACGACGCCUUUGAAGUGGCUUUCGUCCGGGCAUCGGACGAUCAGGAUCGACAAGCUCGGCUUGCCCGACGAUUUUCAUGUUCCAGAGUCGGUGUCGAGCAAGUCUGGUGUUUCGAAGCAGGACUUCGUGCGGCAGCCUGGGCCGCGGUGCAAGAUGUCGGCGUGCCAUAGCGCCGACGACGUCGGUCCGACAGCGAUGGGCGGCCAGUCGAGGGGGCUGGGCGAGGGUAGAUCGAGGGUCCAGGGCCCGAGCCGAGGGCGUCCCGGUCCGUUUCGUUUUGCUCAAGCCUCCAUGCCGAUUCGAUUUGUGAUCCCCUUCAGAGUUCUCCACGGAGUUUCCUGGAAGAUACCGCGCACGACCGGCAUGACAGACCAGCGCUAUGCGCUGACUGUUCGGGACGUACCGGAGGAGAUGCAGCUGGAGCACCUCCGCUGGGUUCACAUCGUCUCACAGAGCCUCAGGGUGGAGGAGGCGCUCGGCCUGUCGAUCCUCGACAUGAGUCGCGCGGGCCGCCUCUGGCCGGUGGCCUUCGCUCGCAGACAGCGUCGCCUCACAGUCGAGAUGCUGCAAUGCCGCCACAACCCGCUGAGGCGCCGUGUCGGGGCCAACGCCAGCGCGACCUGGAUCAAGUGCGUCGACUGCGACAUGAGGCUGGCCUACUGGAACCGCCCGAAGAUCGAGGUGCAGCCGCAGCUCCUGACGAUCAAGGGCGAACCGGGCUACAGCACGGAGCCGGGGUCGGGAUUGUCGGGCGGUCCCGCAGUGCCGAACAUUCGGCGGUACAACAAGGGCCAGGACGACAAGAAAGAGCUCUUGAGCAAACUCGUCAAGGUCGACCACUCCAAGAGUCCGGCGGCAGUGAAAGGGCAGAUGCGCUCGGGUGCCGCGACGAGACCUUCCUAUGUGCCGAUGCAGGUGGGCGAGCUGGCCCACGCAGAGCGGAAGAGCCGCCCCAGGACGUCCGAGAGCAGCUUCGCGAAGGACAUGAAGGAGCUGAAGGACGCGAUUCAGCAGCAGAACGAGUCCCUCCAGCAGCGCGGCCAGGCACUGCAGUUCCUCCUGCAGCCGCACGUGGUUCAGCUCCAGCAGCAGCAUGCGGCGGCGAUCACGACGGCGGUCCCGGGCACCCCGCGCCAGACCGACAAGUGGGAGGUGAUCGGCCAGUCCUCACCUCAGUCCCCGGAGGCGGCGGCGGCAGCGGCAGCUUCACCAAGCCUCACGUAG